CAUGACAUUUAGACAGGUCGUUUAGUUUAAGUUUAACAUGCAAGGAUGGAGAGAUUGCAGUAUGGCCUACUGUUACUUUCCCUCUACGCAUAUUUUCCACACAUUGAAGCAGCGCCGCCUAAUAUUGUUUUUAUUUUAGCCGAUGAUCUAGGGUGGCAUGAUGUCGGCUUUCAUGGUUCCGAAAUCAAAACUCCACACUUGGACAAGUUGGCCAAAAGUGGGGUGCAACUGGACAACUAUUAUGUGCAGCCAUUGUGCACUCCGUCUCGGAACCAGCUGAUGACCGGGAAAUACCAGAUCCACACGGGCAUGCAGCACCAGAUCAUCUGGCCGUGCCAGCCGUACUGCGUGCCCCUGGAGGAGAAGCUGCUGCCUGAGAGGCUUCGGGAGGCCGGCUAUGCCACGCACAUGGUGGGCAAGUGGCACCUUGGCAUGUACCGCAAGGAGUGCCUGCCCACGCGCCGUGGCUUCGACUCCUACUUUGGUUACCUGACAGGCUCUGAAGACUACUACUCCCACCAACGCUGCUACCACAUUGCUGCCCUGAACGUGACCCGCUGUGCCCUGGACCUGCGGGACGGAGAGGAGGUGGCCAGCGCUUAUAAGGGGGCAUACUCCACCCAGAUCUUCUCACAGAGAGCUACCGACCUCAUAGGCAAACACGACCACAAAAAGCCCCUGUUCCUGUACCUGGCCUUCCAAGCGGUGCAUGGUCCUCUGCAGGUUCCAGAGCACUAUACUGCCCCCUACAGCUUCAUCACAGACAAGCACCGCAGGCUCUUCGCCGGCAUGGUCAGUGCCAUGGACGAGGCCGUGGGCAAUGUGACUGAUGCACUGAAGGCUAAUAACCUGUGGAACAACACUGUGCUCAUCUUCUCCGCAGAUAAUGGAGGGCAGACUCUGUUGGGGGGCAGCAACUGGCCGCUGCGGGGACGUAAAUGGUCCCUGUGGGAGGGGGGCGUGCGCGGCGUGGGCCUGGUCAACAGCCCGCUGCUGGAGAAACCCGGAGCCCUCAGCCGAGAGCUUAUACACAUCACUGAUUGGCUGCCCACGCUACUCCAUUUGGCCAAUGGCUCCGCCCAGAGGUCUGCAGGCCUGGACGGUUUUGAUGUGUGGAAAACACUGAGCAAAGGGACGACUUCACCUCGACUGGAGAUACUACAUAAUAUUGAUCCACUCUAUGUCGAUAUUGCACCUUGUACUAAUGAUCCCGACUUGAGCCUGUCUCCAGACCUCACCCAUGGGCCUGGGCCUCGGUCUGCGUUUGCCCCCUCCAGAUUCAACCAGUCUGAUGGCUUUGAUAUCCACGUCCACGCCGCCAUCCGCUACAAGCAGUGGAAACUGCUCACCGGCUACCCAGGUUGUCCUCUGUGGUUCCCCAAGCCAGGCUCCACGUCUGGUGCCCCCCAGGCCCCUCCUCCCCCCCAGCCCAAAGAGGCUGCCGUGCGGCUGUACAACAUAGAGCACGACCCAGAGGAGCGGGACGACGUGUCCGCUCUCUACCCCAGAAUGGUGGACUUCCUGCUCAGCCGGCUGCAGCACUACCAGAAGGACUCCAAGCCCAUCGUCUUCCCAGACGACGACCCCAAAUGUGACCCAGGACCCACAGGGGCCUGGGGACCAUGGGCAUGAAGGGGGUUGAUGAGUGGAUGGAUGGAUGGAUGGAUGGAUGGAUGAAUAGAUUGAUGGUGGAUGAAUGAAUUGAUGGAUGAAUGAAUGAAUGAGAAUGAGUGUGGGCAUCGAUGGAUGAGUGGAUGAGUGUAUAUUUGAAUGAGUGUAGAUGAAUGGAUGACAUGGGUGUGGAUGAAAAUGGAUGGAUGAAGGAGAAAUAGAUGGAUGAGUGGAUAUGUGGAUGUGAGGAUGAAUUGAUUGAUGAACGAUGUGAGAAGGUGAAUGAAUGGAUUGGGAGGAUAGUUGGAUAUUUGAUGCCUCCGAACAUCCUGUGAAACUGUUGCUCAGGAACGAGGCAAACACCUGUAUUUUUUGAAGGAGGGUUUAAGGCAAAAGACUGCUUUAUAGGUGUAUUGCUUUUUUUUAAUAUAUGAAACAUUUGAUGGGACGCACAAUGUUUGAGAGGAUAUUGAUACUGUACGGUUUUGUAUUUUUGUAAAAGAUUGAUUUCCAUUAUGACUUGACACACAUAAGCUGAACAAGUUUUUUUUUUACCAACAUGACUUUUUUUUACCACCAUCCUCUUUUCACAGAAAACAGAAUUAAAGUUGAUUUUCAGA